CUCUGCUUUCUGUUUUUGACAGUGAUGGAACUGAGGGAAUCCAGAAGAUCCCCCACAAACUACAAAUCCCAGCAGGCAACAUGAAGAAGGAAGUAUCGCUCACCCUCAGAUCCAGAACAAUCUUCUCAACUGGACCUCACCUCAUGAAUCUCUGUGACAACCUCUUUGAAGUGUAAAGGAUUAAAAAGUUCAGUUUUGAAUCGUCGAAACAAAUUUGUUUCUACUCCCUUCUCCCUCGGUCUCUCCUCUCUUUACCCUAGGGAAGGCAGCUAGAAUUUCCCUAUAACGUUCAUUGCUGCACAGCGAUUGGACUCUUGACUAAUGUGAAUGGCCUUAUGACUGUUAACUCUUCGACUGUUCUCCCUUCUACCAAUUAACUCCCCUAAAAAAAUAGACUAUUUUUUAUAAAGAAAUCUAUUAAAAAUCUCUGGGCAUUUUCUCUUUUGGAUACAAGUGUGGAUAUUUACUAAAAAUAAAUAAAACGGAUACUUACUCGAGCUAGUUCUUUGAACCAAAACAAAUUCGAUGCUAUCUAACCAUCUGGGAUUAUAAACACAAGUUCCUUUUCGACCAUGGAUCCUCUAGGUUUGUAUGUGCGUCUGCAGCUGUUCCUCAGUACAAUGCUAGGGCUGUGUCUGGGCCUGGAGUUCACUGGAACUCAAGGCCAGUGGGCGCGCUACCUCCGCUGGGACGCUAGCACGCGUGGCGACCUCAGCUUCCAGUUCAAGACCGAGGCGUCCACCGCGCUUUUACUCUACUUUGAUGACGGGGGCUACUGCGACUUCCUGCAGCUCAUGGUGGUGGAGGGCAAGCUGCAGCUGCGCUUUAGCAUCGAUUGCGCUGAGACCAGUGUGGUCUCUGACAAACGGGUCAACGACAGCAGCUGGCACUUCGCCACUCUGAGCCGCUUCAACCUGCGGACGGUUCUGGGGCUGGAUGGCGCGGCCAAGGCUGACGAGGUGCGGCCCCAGCGCCAGUUCAUGAAGAUCGUGAGCGAUCUGUUCAUAGGCGGAGUUCCGCUGGACAUCCGCACGUCAGCGCUCACCCUGCCAACGGUUCGCAAUGCACCGCCAUUUGUCGGGGUUAUUACGGAUCUCAAGUACGGCAACACAGAACCCACUCUCCUAAGCAGUCUGAAGGUCCAGCUGGAGUCGGAUGGGAGGUGCACGGAGAACCUGUGCGAGAAUGGUGGGAGCUGUUCCGUGGUGGACGGAGAACCACUCUGCGAUUGUUCCAAAACGGAAUACAAGGGCCGCUUCUGCAACGAAGAGGUCAGCAACAAUAUCCAAGGAUUUGCACACAUGAUGAUGGCGGAGCAAG